AUGUCGCGAUUAGAGCUUCUUACACCGGAAGGUCUCCGCGUUGAUGGUCGAAGACCCAAUGAACUGAGAAAAAUCAUUGCGAAAACCAGUGUUCUCGCUCAGGCAGACGGAUCGGCAUACAUUGAACAGGGAAACACCAAAGUUUUGGCGGCGGUAUAUGGUCCACAGGAGGUCCGUCACCGAAUGCAAAUAUUACACGAUAGAGCCAUCAUUAAUGUAGAGUUCAACGUGGCACCCUUCAGCACAAGCGAGCGUAAAAAGCGAUCCAAAAAUGACAAAUAUGACAAUGGCAUUAAAUUGCAAACGUCACAGUUCCCUCGCUCACAAAUCGAUAUUUAUUUGCAAGUGCUUCAGCAUGAUGGAGGAACUUUGCAAGCCUGUAUUAAUGCUGCGACGAUGGCAUUGAUUGACGCUGGUAUUCCCAUGAUCGACUACGUUUGUGCUUCAACGGCAGGAUGUAUUGACAAGCAACCUGUGCUGGAUCUCAAUUAUCUUGAAGAGUCAUCAGAUAGUCCAGAACUGACGGUUGCCAUCCUGCCUCGAACGGGAAAAGUGAAUUUGAUGUCAAUGGAAUCUCGCCUUCACGUUGAUAUGUUGGAGAGUGUGGCAUCCUUAGCUACGGAAGGAUGUGAGCAGAUUCAUACCAUACUUGAUGCGGUUGUGAGAGACACUACGCAGCAUUUGAAAGAUAGCUUGAUGCAGUAG